AAAAAAUUUGUCAGAGGCGUGGCGUUAAGUUAAGGAUGCUCCCAAUACGCAUGUGUGUCAUGUCAUUUAACUGGUGUCAAUAAACUGAGUCACGUGGCAAAUAUUUAUUUCUUUUUGGUAUAGCGUUAGCUCCACCGGAAUAUCAUAAAGCAAGGACACGAGAUAUUUUGCUGUUUAAUUAAAUAACUUCUUGAAGCUUUAUUCUUGCUGCCAACUAAAAUCUUUGAAAAUCCGAAAUCCCGCCCAUUUCCCACAAUGAGUGAGGAGGAUGACUUACCAACUCUUUUGCUGAUGUCUUCGGCACAGGUUGCCAUUUCUAUACUCAAUAACUCUGAGAUAAGAGAUUUAAUAAAGAGUUAUGUUAUACCUGAUCCAUCAUCUAAAAAAUUCCAUUUUCGUAGUACUGUUGAAACAAAAACAGAAGAGAAAAUAUCGAAGUUGACUUUGCCACCUGCAUUACAGAAGAUAGUUAAAGGCUCUAUGAGACCUAUGAUUUCUCAAAUGAGUGCGUGGAAACAAAGCUAUGGCUCAGUUUUGGCAGACUGUGCUGGAUACUUUACUGAAUCUGAUGGUGGGUACUUUCAAUUUUUCUGGAAGUUUAACGGUCAAAUAGAUCACCAAAAGAUAGCAAAGGCGCUGGUUGAAAAUAAAAAUGUGGACAUACGAGAACGAUUCCUAUUAGCGUGCUGCUUGUGCUUAAUCGAUGAUGGUCUGCGCUUAUGGAGCAGCAUGACGCCAGGCCAGAAGGGCUAUAUAUUAUUAGAGGUCUUUAGAUUCCCUAAACUUUGCUCUUUAGCUGUGGGUAUAUUUACUCGUGAACUUGAGUCAAGCAGAGGCAGAAAAGAUAGACCCAUGAGCAGGAGAAUAAGUGAUAUGGUCUUACUGUCAUCUGUUAAAUUUCACAAUAUCUUCAUGCUACGUUAUGUUUUGGAAGUUCAACCUCAGGAAUCGCAUCGUCGCUUUUUGUUAAAAGCUGCGCGGUCAGUCGGUAUUCAUACUGAUAUGAUGCGUUUUUGUUUGUCCCGGCUGAGCAGGCAUGAUCAAAGAACAAUUUUCAAAAGGUUAUCUGCUAGGAGACGCCUUCGCUUACGUUAAUUUAACCUUAUAAGGAUUAACAAGAAGUUUUUAACCUUCUUCUUUCUUAGCACAGUAUAUUUUUAACUCUUUAUGAACAAUUGACGCAACUAUUGUAACUAAAACGU